GCCAAAGCUUGCGUUUCAGUAACCAGCCCUGAUGACUACCCGCAAGUGUCUGGACAGCGGAAUCGGUCCUUUUGGCGAUCAGGCAAGGCGUAGGGAACUCUCCAUCAGUGCUGCCCAAUGAGUUUUGAAGCAUCAUAGAUAACCUCCGAGGGACGUCUCGUGGGUGGAACAACAUUCUCUCUCAAGGCAUCAUUCCUCAUUCACAAGUUGGAGUCAUGAUCACGACAGAGCUUUAACACUAGAACUACAUUUACAGAUGUUCGUCAGCAAAAUGACUUUGAAUCAGCCUGGUGUUUUUGGACAGAUAGAUGAUCUGCAGGACCUCACCUUCAUCGAAAGACCAAUACGGAGGAGUUUAAAGACCGCGGAGGAGAUUGACAAGCUGACUGUGGAUGAAAACCUAAAUGACAUAGAGCGAGCCGUCUACCUUCUCAGCUCGGGUCAGGAUGUACAGCGGGCCAGCGUGAUCGUGAACCUGCCAACGCUGGUGCGGCAGAACCCAGCCGAGACCUUCCGGAGGGUUGUGCCAAAAGUCAGGGAAGUGCUUCAUGUGGCCGGCGUGGAAAUCCAGCUCGCUGCGGCCAGUUCCUUUCUCACCAUCCUGCAAGAUGACAUCGUGCUCAUCCAGACCCACACCCACUCUAUCCUGCAGAUAGUCCUGCUCAACGCAGACCAUCGGGAGACAGUGGUCAGCAAUGCUUGGUUGGAGACUUUGCUUGCGGCUAUUGAUGCUCUACCCAAGGAGACCAUCAGACAAGAGAUCCUGAGUCCUUUGGUGUCGAAAGCCCAGCUGUCACAGUCGGUGCAGGCCCGCCUGGCCAGCUGUCGGAUCCUGGGGAAGGUAGCGGGCAAGUUUGACUCCUCUGUGGUGAAGAAGGACCUCCUGCCCCUGGUCAGGUCGCUGUGCCAGGAUGUGGAGUAUGAGGUGCGCUCCUGCAUGUGCCGACAGCUGGAGAACAUCGCCAGGGGAAUAGGGCUGGAGCACACUAAGGCGGUGAUCCUGCCAGAGCUGGUGGAGCUGGCGCGGGACGAGGGCAGCACGGUGCGCCUGGCCGCCUUCGACACCAUCAUCAACCUCCUGGAGAUGUUUGACAGCGCCCUCUCCCCCUCGCCUGUAGAUGAUCGGACACGCGUCAUCUUCCCGCUGGUCAAGACCUUCUGCGAGAAGUGCUUCAAGGCCGACGAGGCAGUGCUCGCGUCACUGUCCUUUCAGUAUGGCAAGCUGUGUCACGGCCUCUCAGCUUGCUUCACGGAGGAGCAGCACCUGUGGUUCCUGGAGUUCUACAAGAAGCUGUGUUUCCUGGGCCUGCAGCAUGAGAACGGCCACUGUGAGAGCCAGGCCUACCAGCUGGAGCUGGAGAACAAGUACGCCAUGGUGCGCCGGAACUGCGCCUACAACUUUCCGGCCAUGAUGCUGUUUGCGGACCCAAACCACUUUCUGUCGGAGCUGUAUCGCACCUUCUCCAGCCUGUGUCACGACCCUGAGAUCUCGGUGCGGCGGACUGCUGCUGAGGGCUUUCACGAGGUGGUCAAACUGCUGGGCCCUAAUGUCCACUACGUCCACAAAGAGCUGGUGACCCUGCUACAGGAUGACUCGUUAGAGGUUUUGGAUUCCUUGCUGAACCACCUGCAGGAGACUCUGGAGAUGUCGACGUCGAGAGGAGAAGGUCCCGGCCCCGAGAGCAAGCUGGUGGCGGUCCCGGAGCUGGUGCCGGCGCUGGUGGCGGCGGAGCAGAAGGCGGCGUCGUCCCUGCGGUGGCGCGUCCACGAGCGGCUGCUACACUGCUACGCCUGCCUGCCCCGCGUGCUGCCCGCCGAGCAGAUCUACUACCGCUUCCUCAUCCGGAUGUUCAGCAUCAUCACCACCAACAAUGUUCUGCCAGUGCAGAGGGAGGCUGCGCGGACGCUGUGCGUGUUUCUUCGCUACAACCGCAAACAAGAACAGCGGCAAGAGAUCCUCACCAAGAUCAUUCAAGACUUGGCCCAGGGUAGGAGCUACUGGAAUCGGCUGCGCUACCUCGACCUGUGUGAGAUCGCCAUGGAGCUCUUCUCCAAGUCCUACUUCUGCAAGCACUUCCUGAUCCAGGCCCUGGAGCUGGUCAGCGACCCUGUGGCCAACGUCCGGUAUAAGCUGUGCCACAUGCUGCCCCGGCUGCGCUCCACCAUCCGGCUGCCCACGGACAAGCACCUGCUCCAGCAGCUGGAGUUCUGCGUGCGCAAGCUGCUCUGCUGGGAGAAGGACAAGGACGUGGUGUCCACGAUACGCAAGAUUGUUCUAGAAUUGGACAAGAUGGAAAUUACAGAACCGUAUCACAAACGGCAUGAACGAGAUCUGCUGGACCAGAAAAAGGAAAAGGAGGAAACCCUUCUGCUAGAAAUGGAAAUGCUGGAGAGACAGCAGAGUGAUACCAAGGUGGUGGGAGAGAAGCACACAGACAAGAAACGAAGAGACAGUAAAACGUCGCUGACAGUGACCAAAGGGAUGUCGGGGUCCACAUCAGGAGCAACUCUGUCCACGUCAACAGGGAAGGAGAUGAGGAAAGCCAAACUGUCACGAAGUCGCUCCCUCAGCGGCCAUCCCACCACCACCAAGAUGUCAAACUCUUCAGACAAAACGCUAAAGGUUAAGGAGUCUGGAAGUUGUCUUGGGAAUAGCAAGAGCACCAUACUAGCAGUGAAUGAUGACUCAGUGCGGCCUCACCACUACGGCGUGGCGUCCACGUCCUCCUCCAUCUCCCCGACGCCCUCCACCUCCUCCAUGCCCGUGCUCAUCCGCAGCAACACCACCUCCAGCGUUGUGGACCACCGCUCCAACGGCACCAAGGACACCUCAUCCAGGAAGCUCUCUAUUCUGCCCUGCCAGAGAUCCUACAGUACGUGGCCAACACUAUCCCCCGGUUGGAGCUUCAUGUCAUCCUGCCUCACAUCCAUGUCCACACCCUCUACUCUGAUGGGAUGCUGGAGAGAAGACAGACAGACAGAUGGAGAGACGGACGCAGGCGGACACGUGCUCCGAUGUGCGAAACGACAUGAAAGAGACAGAAAGACUGGGAAAGACAGAAAGAGAGAGAGAAUGGAACGGGGAGACGUCUGAGGUGUUUUUCGAGAUCUAUUUUUUUGUGCACCAACCAAAAAUGGUUUGACAUUGUUCCAUCUCUGCCUUACUCGACAAAUAUUUGUAACACUUGUUAGAAAAGGGAUUGAGAAAGAAAAAAAAAACACUAUGAAGGAUGAAAUGUCGCUAAUUAACUCGUGUUGAGGAACAAAAAAUGAAAGUAUUUUAUUUAUUGGCUCAUUUGAUUUAGUAUUUCCUGUAUUAUAGCAUGCUUUGCAAAAGUCUUUUUCUUCUUUGUUUUAUAUUUUUCCCGCCGGGUUAUAAAAAACGAAGUAAUAAUAGAACAGAGAAGAGAAAAAAAAACAUCAGAUCCAUGUAUUUUUUAUGAGUCUAUUACCUUUUUGCUGACAUAACAAAGAUGCCCAUGCUCAAGAGAUCCAGAACUGUUGCCCUCUCGACCAAUGAGAUUGUACCUGGUGUUGCACAGCACCUGAGUGACUUUAACGCCCACUUCACUCCACAACCAGUCAAUAAACAGAAAACCCACACUGAA